GCUCCUUUGCGCUCCACUUGCUUACAGACCCAUUCAACCAACUGGAUCCAGUAAUCACCUUCCAGACUGCGAGUUCACAAGGGCCUGAACCAUCUCGGGCGCCAGCUACGUUGACUUCUUCCAUAUCCAGACCACUGGCCUAUCUCGGGGUCCAUCCACAAAUGACUCCACCGCUAUCACCAGAUCCCCAUCAAGCUUUCAUUCAGUCCACCCAGCAAAUGGCCUCAACAUCAGGUCGCCUCGACAACAAUCUUGAGCUGGGACGUUUGCGUUAUCAGUACCAAACAAUUUUUCGCCUCUGCGUCAUCCACACCACCCAGAUUCGGCGAUGUGAAAGCAACCUAUUGCAACUCAAGAAAGCGAAUCUGGAGCUGAGGAACGAAUUAAGACAAAUGGAGCGGGGACUGGAAGCCCAAGCUGAAAUAGCACGCGCGUAUCGCCCUGUUCCGAGGAACCCUCCAGAUGCCAACGCGCCCCUCUCAAUGAGCGAACUGGAUAGCUCGGAACCCCAUAUUGUACGGAACUUGAGAGACUAUGGCGAGGCUGGGUCUGGCGUAUCGAGCGCACAAGAGCAGGCCUGGAUGUAUUUGCGUAUGGAUAAUAUCGCAUCAGCGGCUGACCAAGCGAGACUAUCUUCGGCCCCCUCCCUCCUGGAAGGCGAGAACAUGAACGAACGCUCUAAGACCAUGAUUCUUUCGGAGAAGCCUAUGACCAAGCCCACUGAUGCGAAAUUCAGCAUAUCUUCGGAAACGAAGGAAACCACAGUCUCCAAUAAUGGAUCGAAUGGGCAGCCGGACCGCUCCAACGACGGUACCAUGAUCGUCGAUGACAUUGAUCAUGCCGCUAGCUCCUCGUCCGCACGAUGUCGGUCGCGAACCAGAAAAGGGCCUUUCAAAGAUCGAGUCGUGGCCGUCGUCAUCCCCCCAAGAAAGCGUAAAUCCAAGAAGAAGUGA